AUGGCAGCCUCCAGUACUGAGAAUUUUGUAUCCGCACCAAAAAUGAAAAAGAAGAGGGAAAGGGGGUCCAACUGGACCCCAGAAGUCACCAUUCUGCUUGUGGAAUUGGUUGAGGUCCAGUUGGAGAUGCUUAGGGCAAAGUUUAGUAACGAAGUCAGUAAGAGCCUAAAGAUGAAUGUCUGGGAUGAUAUUGCAAUGAAGGUGUCAGCCCUGGGAACAACCAGAACUGCAACCCAGGUGAGGGAGAGGUGGAAUUCGUUGGUUUCCAAGGCCAAGGAGGUGCAUGGGCAGCGUCGACAACACAUGGGCAAAACUGGUGGCGGGGCAUGUAUGGCGCCAUUGAAUACCAUCACAGAGAAGAUCAUUGACAUAUUCAAAGAUGAUGCUAGCUUCAAUGGUGUUGUUGAUGGUUUUGAAACAACAAUUGGCCAGCCUCAACCCCUGGAUAUGCCUUGCAAGAAGAGGAAGACAGUUGUUGACCCACAUCAUCAUGGGGUGCAAGCCAGCACAUCUGGAAUACCUGCAGCAAUUGGAGCAGGGCCAGGGAGAGUUUUCAUACCACCACUUAAGCCCAGGAAUGAGGAGCAAGUACCAGCCUCUGCCAUUGUCAUUGCUGAAAUAGGUCUGCCAACUUCUGGAUAUCCCAAUGACGAUAUUGAAGAAGUCAAAACAAGCAUGACUUAUGAAUCAGAUUAUUUGGAACUGUACUCAGCUGGCCCCACACCCCCAAAAUGUGUCAUGACAAUGAAGACAAAGACUAAGAAGGUGGUACCAGCGAAAUCAAAAUCCUCCAGGUCACAAGUGGGAUCGGUAGGAUUAGCAUCAGGCUCUAAAGUCAGCAGCCAAGACAUUCGCGACCUUCAGUUGAAGGUGCUGCAAGCCACUUUGGAGGCGCAGGUAGCUGUGGCAGAGACCCAAAAAGUGCAACGGGAGGAAGCCAACACCCAUAUUGCACUGAUGAAGGUCAAGAUGGACUACUUACGCGAGAAAAUGGAAGAGGAGGCCCUUCACAAAUUUGUGAAUUUUCAACUUUAA